CAUGCCGUGACGCCCGAAGCCGCCAAAGAAGCCCGCUUUCAUCGCCUCGCCGCACAUGCACUUCCCCUCGCCGGCCGCGGCGCACCCCAUGUCCGCGCCCGCCGUCUCCUGCCUGCGCCUCGUCCUCCCCGGCUUCACCGGCCUCGUCUCCGCCUCCCUCAUCCUGAGCCGCGCCGCCCGCCCCCGCGGGGUGGCGGCCAGGUCGGGCGCACAGGGCGCGGCGCCGCCCGAUUCGGCGGCCAUCCUGCGGCGUCCGGCCGCCGCCACGACGGCCGCGGACGAGCAGGAGAGCGACGCGGACGCCUCGUUGGGCUCUCCGGUGGAGGAGGACGAGGCGCCGGAUGAGGGCAGGAGGAGGGGGGCGGAGAGGGAGUGGGUGGACUGGGAGGACCUCAUCCUCGAGGACACCGUGCCGCUCGUCGGCUUCGUGCGGAUGAUACUCCACUCGGGCAAGUACUCAAGUGGUGACCGGCUGACUCCUGAACAUGAAAAAGCCAUUCUUGAACGAUUACUGCCAUAUCAUCCACAAUAUGAGAAGAAAAUUGGAUGUGGUAUUGACUACAUCACGCUAGGGUUGCAUCCAGAAUUCGAGAACUCAAGAUGUUUGUUCAUAGUUAGGAUGGACGGCGAGAAAGUUGAUUUUUCCUUCUGGAAGUGCAUCAAAGGUCUAAUACGAGAAAAGUACCCCUUGUAUGCAGACAGUUUCAUUCUCAGACAUUUCCGCAGGAGGCAAGAUUACUAAAAUAGUGACUCGUACAAUUGUUUGGUGUAAUAUUCCUGUGAUUUUGAUUUGGUCCACAUGCCUUAAUAUCAUGUGAUUUUGCAA